AUGAAAAUUGGGGCAAUAGCAACACUUGUAAAUCAUAUUUCAUUACGCGUUUCGGUUAAAUAUAAGUUGCUUGAAUUUUGGAUUUCCGUGGGACACCAAGUGCUCGAAGCGGUUGUUAGAUCAGUUUCGGAGCCUGCAAUAAGUUGCACGCGGUUGUUGCAGUACAUACAAUAA